AUGGCUUCUUACGAUCUGAUUCCUCGAAUGAUCCCUUAUAUGGAUAGGCAUCUUGUCUUUCCCCUAUUGGAAUUUUUGUCUUUGAAUAAGAUCUAUCCGAAUCAUGAUCUACUUAAAGCUAAAUAUGAACUCUUGGCCAAGACAAACAUGGUGGACUUUAUUUCUGAAUUAUAUAAACAAAUUCAUGACACAGACGAAGUUCCUUCAGAAUUCGCCUCAAAAAGGCAGGAAGUUCUUCAAACAUUAGAAAACCUUCAAACUGAGGCUCAAAAAGUUUUAGAUAUUAUCGAGAAUCCCGAAGUAAUCACAGCUCUUCGUCAGGAUAAACUUCAAAAUUUGCAUUUUCUUAAAGAAAAAUAUGGGCUUACAGAUGAAAUGGUUAACACGCUUUAUCAAUUUGGUCAAUUUCAAUAUAAUUGUGGCAACUAUGGUGGUGCUUCUGACAUGUUGUAUCAUUUUCGAUCCACUGAUCAUGAGCUCAAUUUAUCAGCUUUAUGGGGAAAGCUCGCAUCAGAUAUCUUGGAUCUUAAUUGGGAUGCUGCUUUGGAAGAGGUUCAAAAACUGAGAGAAACUAUUGAUUCAAAGAGCUUUGCAUCUCCUCUGCAUCAACUACAACAACGCACAUGGUUUAUUCAUUGGUCUAUUUUUGUAUUCUUUAACCAUCCUAAAGGACGGGAUAGCAUCAUUGAUGUAUUUUUCAAUCCUUCAUACAUUAAUACUAUCCAAACGUCAUGUCCAUGGAUCCUCCGAUAUCUUACAACUGCUGUUGUCACCAACAAACGCCGCAAAAAUAUUUUAAAAGAUCUAAUAAAAAUAAUUCAACAAGAGAGUUAUGAAUAUAGAGAUCCGAUCACUGAAUUUAUUGAGAGUUUAUAUGUUAAAUUCGAUUUCGAAGGUGCACAACAUAAAUUAAAGGAAUGUGAAGAAGUACUGUCUAACGAUUUUUUCCUUGUCGCUACAAAGAUGGAAUUCAUUGAAAAUGCGCGAUAUUUGAUUUCUGAGACUUAUUGCCGAAUACAUUUGAAGAUCGACAUUGGCGGGUUGUCACAGACACUUAAUUUAGGCCAAGAAGAAGGUGAAAAGUGGAUUGUUAAUUUAAUUCGUGAUACGCGUGUAGAUGCAAAGAUCGAUUUUAAAGAGAAUACUGUCAUCAUGAAUCAAAAUCAUACAUCAAUCUAUCAACAAGUUAUUGAACGCACAAAAGGCUUAUCGUUUCGAUCUCAAGUUUUGGCUUCUGCUAUAGAAAAAUGUGAAAAUCUUCAAUCGUCUAAUGCUAUAGAUA